AUGUGUGAGUUGGAUGUGAGUGGGAACAACUUGCAUGAAGCAAGAGAAGGUAUCUCCCAAAGAAGAGUGCUUUUGACUAGUGACCUCACUUGCAGUGAGGGGCUUACCCUUUCGGGGGUUGAAGCCUUUUGUCCCCCGGAUAAUAGCAUGUGUUCUGCUGACCUGCAUUGCUUUUACGGCUGGAUAGUAGCAAUCAAAAAGUCCCAAAGAUUGGACCAAGAACAAAGGGGUCACUUUAUAAAUGAAAUGGUAAUUCUUGCACAAAUUAAUCACCCAAAUGUGGUGCAACUUUGGGGAUGUUGUCUGGAAACUGAUAUCCCAAUGCUAAUUUAUGAAUUUGUUUCUAAUGAGACCUUCUAUCGUCACAUUCAUAAUAGAACAAGUGGGAAAGGGAGAUUGUCAUGGGAUAGUCGUUUAAGGAUAGCACAUGAAUCAGCUGGUGCACUCGCUUAUCUUCACACAGAUGCUAGAAUGUCCAUCAUACAUAGAGACGUGAAAUCUACUAACAUAUUGUUGGAUGACAAUUACACCGCAAAAAUUGCAGAUUUUGGUGCUUCAAGGCUAGUCCCACUGGGUCAUGAUCAAGUCAGUACGCUAGUUCAAGGGACCAUCGGAUACUUGGAUCCUGAAUACUUUCAUACCGGUCAGCUAACUGGCAAGAGUGAUGUAGAAGAGGUUUAG